AUGGGAAAAAAGAGUGGAGUUGAAGAGAAUACUUCUCCAGGUACAUUGCAUGUUCUCCCUCUUUAUGCCAUGCUCCAUGCGAAAGAUCAGCUUCGUGUAUUUGAAGAAGUCAGGGAAGGAGAACGGCUCGUUGUUGUGGCCACCAAUGUGGCUGAAACAUCUUUAACUAUACCUGGGAUAAAGUACGUUGUCGAUACUGGAAGAGAGAAAGUGAAGAGCUACAAUUCCUCAAAUGGCAUGGAAAUUUAUGAAGUACGGUGGAUAAGUAAGGCAUCAGCUGCUCAACGUGCAGGAAGAGCUGGAAGAACCGGGCCUGGAUACUGUUACCGUCUGUAUUCUUCUGCAGCAUAUAGUAACAUAUUUCCUGACUUUUCUCUGGCUGAAAUAUCUAAAGUCCCUGUUGAUGGUGUUGUACUUUACAUGAAAUCCAUGAAUAUUGAUAAGGUAUCCAAUUUUCCAUUUCCAACUCCUCCAGAGGGUGCUGCCUUGGAUGAAGCUGAGCGUUGCUUGAAGAUCCUUCAAGCACUUGAUAGCAAUGGAAGACUGACACCUUUAGGGAAUGCCAUGUUUGGAGGGUUUCCCAUGAUAAGAAUCCUCUAUUAUUGUAUGAGGAAGAGCUCCUAG